UAUUAGGUAUGGAAAAAUAUGCUACGCGGGGGGGAGGGAGUUUUGAAUACGGCAUUUAUGGACGACACCUUAUGAUUCAUUUCAGGAUUCUGGGGGAAUCACUCGUAGAAUUCUGGGGAAUACCUUUCGUGAUUCUGACAGAAUUAUUCUCAACGUUCUCAAAAAUUCCAUCCAGGAUUUUAGGGGAAUUUUGGGAGAAUACUUAAAAGGAUUCUGGAGGAAUUCUUCUCAGGAUUCUGAAGGAAUCCUAUCUCCCAGAAUUCUGUGAGAGUAUAUCUCAGGUUUCUUUGGCAUCCCACUCAGUAUUUUGAGGGAAUCUUUCUCAGGCUGGAGUAAUACUUGUUGAUUCUGAACAACCCUUUUUAGGAUUCUGGGUCAUUUUUUUAAGUGUCUUGGGUAAUUCAUCUUAGAAUUCCAAAAACUUUUUUUGUGGGAAUCUCUCUCCCUAUUCGGGAUUCUGGGAUAAUCCCUCAUAGGAUUGUGGAACAUUUUGGGAGAAACCCAAGGGAAAGCUUCUCUUAGAUUUCUGAGACAAUCUAUCACAGGAUUCUGGAAGAAUUCCUCUCGGGACUCUGACACAAUCCGUUUCAGAAAUAUGGAGUAAUCUCUCUCAGGAUUCUAGGAAAUUCCUUAAUAGAAUUCAGCGAGAAUUCCCAACAAGAUACUGGAAGAGUCUUGCUUUCUUUUCUAGAUAAUGUCGCUCAGGAUUCUGGUGUAAUCAUUUUCAGAAUUCUAAAGAAAUCUUUCUCAUAAUUCUAGAGGAACUCCUUUUCAGAAUGCUGGAGCUCUUUAAAGAUUCUGGGGGAAUUUCUCUCAGUUUUACAUGGGAAUACUUCUCAAAGUUCUGGGGAAUCUCAGGAUUUAUCUUUCGAUUCAAAAAUUCAGAAUGCACUGUCUCAACGUUAUUGUUGUGUUAGUGCACGUUCAGAAGAGAGCCUCUCGUUCGAGAGAGAAAAAGGGAAAUUGAAUGCUGUGACAUGAAAGCGAUCGAAGAAUAAAUCAGAACUUGUUUGUACAUCAGUCGAAUCAGUCGUGUUUAGACUAACGUCCAUCUUUAUCCGAAACCUUACCGUUCCGUUUAAGAAUAAGUUAGGACGUUCCUCCGCUUCGUCUCUGUCCGCCUUUUGUAGUUAUAUCAGCUGGCGACGAGAAAAGUACGGAUUAAGUGAAUUCGCGAUAGUGACUCGGUUAAGUGUUUAAUUAUUUCGCCCUACAUUCCCAGUGCUCAGCUUACUCCAUCUGACAGGUCGUUGCGAGAGUGAGUUCGUCGAAAUCAUCGAUCACUCGACGGCCGAAGUUCACUCACGUCGUUCGGUAUCCAUGCAUGAGGUGCGCUGCAUGUGUGAGUGCUAGUGCGGAUAAUUUGUCGGAGUACACACGGGAUAUUUUGUGAGACGGCAAUUGAGCGACCUGCAAUAUCAACAUCAGCAUCAGCCUACUGUUCACUACUACAUACAACCAUACGACAUCUAGUGCAGUGCAGUUGCUGAAUAGAGGGUGCAUCAAUUGUUUAGGCCUGCCUCCAAGGAACGAUCAGCUGAUUCUGAAGAGACUUUCGACGGUGACGUUUGUGCUGAAUUGGUGCCGGCUGCUGUGCAAGAAGUUAACUUUGACCAACUCACAGUGGUGCUUACGACGGUUGAUUUUACCUCUGUUUUCCUGCAUGCAGUUUUGAGUUGCGGCGGCAGCAUUUUUUUGAAGGUGAAGUACUUCAGUGUUCAAGGUACGUGACUUUGUUUUUGUUUGUUUUGGUGAAUUUUGUAUUGUGGCCAAAUUUUGAAACCAAGUGAUAUUUUUGCAGUUCGAUUUAUUUUGUGUUUUUGUUUUAUUUUUCAAUAAAGAAUGUCGGUGUCCACAACCAUUGAGCCAUACCUGCCGAAUUCAAUUCCUUUUGCGCAAUACGUUGAGCAGCUUGAAUACGUGUUCCUCAAUAACAAUGUACCAGAAGAGCGCUACAAGACAUCUUUUCUAGCCGUGUGUGGCGUAACGGUAUUUUCUGAAAUCAAAAAGCUUUUUCCCGGUCAGGACGUUAAAACAUUUGACAAGUGUGAUUCGGAAGUGAUCAAUAGUUACAAGUUUUGGAGCAGAAGGCAGGGUCGAAAUGAAAAAUCGGAGGAUUUUGUGAUAGCGGUAAAGGUUCUAGCAGAACAAUGUGGGUUCGGUACCUUUAAAGAUAGGGCCAUUCGCGAUCUUUUGGUGAUAGGCGUAUAUAACCGUGAGAUUCAGAAGCGUUUGUGCGAUGAGGAUGAUCUAACUGCUGCUAGGGCGGAAAAACUUAUAAUGAAUCACGAAAUUUCUAACAUAAGAACGAGUGUUCUGAAGGAUGAUGAAGAUCAUAAUACUUCGAUAGUCGCUCGUUUGGGUAGGAAGGAAGUUCGCUCUAGUUCAAAACAUAGGUAUCGCGGUAGAAAUAAAAGCGGUAAUCGUAGUGUUUCAUUUUCACCUAGGCAUAAACAAGGAAGAUAUGGGGACCGGAGAUAUGAUUCAGAAAAACCGACAUAUUUUUGCUCUUUCUGUAAGAAAAGCGGCCACACACGCAAGUUUUGCUAUAAGUUACAUGGUAGAGGACAGCAUCAAGCAGAUGUCAAGUUCAUAGGAUCUCCGAAGAAAACCUCUAGCAGUAGCAAAAGUGGGGGAUCAAAUUUUAAAAGACCUUGUUAUACGGAUGAUGAAGACGAAGAGGAUUUACCCUGCAUGACGAUUUCCUCGAUCAAUCGCAUAAACGAAGCCUGUCAUGUAAAGGUGUUAGUGGAGAAACAUACUUUGACAAUGGAGAUUGAUUGUGGAUCUGCAGAGACCGUCAUUUCUGAAGAACUUUUUCUGAGAAAUUUUGGACAGAGACAGCUUUUACCUUGUAACAAGAAACUGGCAGUAAUUGAUGGCAAGAGAUUGAAGGUAUUAGGAAAAAUAAGUGUCUCAGUUCAACUCAAAGGCAAAUUGCAGCAGCUUCACAUGAUUGUGCUUCGUUGUGACAACGAUUUUACUCCUUUGAUGGGCCGCACAUGGUUGGACUGCUUCUAUGCAGGAUGGAGAAAUGUUUUUUCAAAUCCGGGGACUAAGGACGAGAGCAUUAACAAGCUCGACGAGGAAAAUGUGGUCGAUCAGUUGAAAAGUAAGUUUUCAACCGUAUUUGAUGGGGAUUUUUCAUCUCCAAUAGUUGGGUAUGAAGGAGAUCUUGUUUUGAAGGAAGAUAAGCCUAUUUUUAGAAAAGCUUAUGGAGUUCCGCUUAGACUACGAGACAAAGUCAUUGAGCAUUUAGAUUCUUUAGAGAGAGAUGGGGUAAUCACACCGGUAGAAACCAGCGAAUGGGCCUCACCGGUGGUAAUAGUGAUGAAGAAGGAUCAAACCAUCCGUUUAGUGAUCGAUUGUAAAGUUUCCAUAAAUAAAGUAAUAAUUCCAAAUACCUACCCAUUGCCUGUAGCACAGGACCUUUUUGCCUCUCUAUCAGGAUCAAAAGUUUUUUGCUCACUUGACUUGGCUGGUGCUUAUACGCAGCUUUUGUUAUCGCAAGCCUCCAGAAAAUUUAUGGUAAUAAAUACAAUAAAGGGCUUAUAUGUUUACAAUCGUCUGCCACAAGGAGCAUCAUCAAGUGCAUCCAUUUUUCAAAGAGUUAUGGACCAAGUUCUUGGUGGCCUGGACAAUGUGUUUUGUUAUUUGGACGAUGUUUUGAUUGCGGGAACCGACUGGGAGGAUUGUCGAAGAAAACUUUAUUUAGUACUGGAAAGAUUGGCCAAAGCUAAUAUAAAAGUUAAUUUGAAGAAGUGUAAGUUUUUUGUGACGGAAUUGCCAUAUUUGGGACACAUUUUGACGAAUAAAGGGCUGUCUCCGUGUCCUCUAAAAAUUGAAACUAUUCGCGAAGCGAAAGCUCCGCGAAAUGUGUCAGAGCUCAAGGCAUUUUUGGGUUUGCUGAAUUAUUAUUCAAAAUUUAUCCCCAAUCUUUCCUCCCGCAUCCAGUGCCUUUAUGGUCUUUUAAAGAAAAAUGUGAGAUUCCUUUGGACAGACGAAUGUGAACAAACUUUCAAAGACUGCAAGAGUUUUCUCCUUCGACCGUGCCUGUUGGAGUAUUUUGAUCCCACGAAACCAAUUGUUGUCACCACCGAUGCUUCAAGUUACGGAUUAGGAGGAGUGAUGUCGCAUGUCAUUGAUGGAGAAGAGCGCCCUGUUUGUUUCACAUCUUUUAGUCUGAAUGAUGCACAACGGAAGUACCCCAUUUUACAUUUGGAAGCUUUGGCGGUUGUUUGUGCGGUAAAGAAAUUCCAUAAGUUUCUUUUUGGCAUGAGGUUUGUGAUUUACACGGACCAUAAGCCAUUGAUUGGAAUUUUCGGCAAAGAAGGCAAAAAUCAGAUUUCAGUAACACGGCUGCAACGUUACGUCAUUGAGCUUUCUAUUUACGACUAUGAAAUCAUAUACCGCCCCUCUUCCAAAAUGGCAAAUGCAGAUUUUUGUUCACGUUUUCCCCUUGCGCAGCCUGUUCCCAAAGCUUUUGACCGAGAAUUUGUAAAAAGUCUAAACUUCACAGAAACAUUUCCUAUCGACUACAAAGAAAUUGCUAAAGAAACAUUACGAGAUGAGUUUUUGGUGAAAAUCAUGGAAUACCUAAGACAAGGAUGGCCAAACCGUCUGGACAGGAGAUUCAGGGACGUGUACUCGCACCACCAAGAGCUGGAAGAAGUAGAGGGAUGCGUGUUGUUCCAUGACCGUGUUAUUAUUCCAGAUACUUUAAAAUCAAAUGCGUUGAAGCUGCUUCAUAGAAACCAUAGCGGAAUAAACAAAAUGAAACAACUGGCGCGUAGAACGGUGUACUGGUUCGGGAUGAAUAAGGAUGUAGAAGAGUAUGUCGGACGCUGUAGAAUAUGCAAUCAAAUGACUCCGGUUACGAGACCAGCAUCGUAUUCACCAUGGAUUCCGACUAACAAGCCAUUCAGCAGAGUACAUGCAGAUUUUUUUCACCUGGACCACAAAACGUUUCUCGUGAUUGUUGACAGCUACACAAAAUGGAUUGAGCUCGAAUACAUGAAGUGUAGUACGGAUAGCAAAAAUGUCAUCAAAGUUUUCCUCAACGUAUUUGCCAGAUAUGGAUUGCCGGAUGUUUUGGUGACAGACGGUGGACCACCGUUCAAUUCUACGGAUUUCGUUGAUUUUUUUGAAAGACAAGGGGUGAAUGUGAUGAAAAGUCCGCCUUAUCACCCUGAAAGCAACGGGCAGGCAGAGCGCAUGGUUCGUUUAGUGAAAGACGUUUUUAAGAAGUUUCUAAUUGACCCAGACAUGAAGAAGCUGGAAACGGACCUACAAAUAUCUUAUUUCCUAUUAAAUUAUAGAAACACUUGCCAAGAGGAUGGAAGUUGUUUUCCAUCUGAGAGACUCCUUUCAUACAGACCCAAAACACUAUUGGACUUGAUCAAUCCCAAAACUAGUUUUAAACAUAAUUUAAAUAAAAGACAUGAUGACUCUUCACCUACUAGAUCCAUAAGUACUGACCAUUUUAACGACCAGUUCGUUGAUCUUAAGUGCGGUGACCUGAUCUACUAUAAAAACGCUAACAAGAGUGACAUAAGACGAUGGUUACCAGCAACGUAUCUCAAACGAAUUUCUUCGACUGUUUUCCAGAUAUCGCUCGGAGGAAGGUUGAUUACUGCGCACAAACGACAGAUUAAGAUUUCCGACGAUCACAGCCGCAAAACUAGCUCACAUUUUGUAAUACGCGGCGAGAGUGCGCUGGUCAACCCCAGAAAGCGAAGGAGAGAACCGGAUGUCGGAGAGGAGGCCUCCUCCGAUCAAGAGCCUGAUUUUUACGGUUUUCCCGCAGAAUCAUUUAUUUUUAGAGAAGAUUCUCCGAUCGGAGAUCAAAUAGAUAGGCGUGAAAUUAACCAAGAAAUGAAACAAAUUAGAAAAUCAAAUCGAAAUGCUAAGAAAAAACGUAAAGGUGAUUUCCUAUAUUAUUAAGUAUAUUGUAUAAAUCUAAAUGUAUCAAAAUGUUAAAAGAUUUUGAUUUCGAAUGUUUAUUAAAAAUUGAAUUAGAUUUCGUUCUUAAAGGAAGGAGGAGUUGUUGUGUUAGUGCACGUUCAGAAGAGAGCCUCUCGUUCGAGAGAGAAAAAGGGAAAUUGAAUGCUGUGACAUGAAAGCGAUCGAAGAAUAAAUCAGAACUUGUUUGUACAUCAGUCGAA